CUUCAUUUUCUUCGGGUGGCAUAGAAAAACUAAAAUCUUCAACAAAAUCUAAAAAUAUAAAACUGAAAAAGGAAAACCUAACUUUUUUUGUCAGCACCUAAAUUCUUAAUUGGAAACUUAGAAUAUAAAACAUAAUCUAAAAACUUAAUUAAAAACUUUUUUAAAAAAUGAAGUAAAAAUUAUUUAUUGGUUCGACCGAUGGUUCAACCGGUAUCGGGUUCCGGGUUUUACUGGGUUUUUGCGAGUUUUUGCGGGUUUUUAAAUAUUGGGUUUUUCAUAAAACCCAAACCAAAUUUUUUCUGGGUCACUGGGUUUACCGGUUCAACCGCGGGUCCGGGUCGGGUUUCAAAACACUGUGUAAAAGUGUUAUAUAUCAGUACAAUCAAUAUAAUUUGAAGUUGAAAUUUUCUCUUUAGUAUUGUUAUUGGUGUAAUUAUUUUUUUGAAAUUUAAAUGGAGUAUUAAAAUUCAUAUGAAUUAAACAUUUAAACCUAUUAUUUUACACAUAAAUAUGGUAUAUAGCAAUCUAACACUACUAAAAGGGGGAUAUAGAGAGCAGAGAGCUAUGACUCGUAGGACAGUUUAUUCUGACCAAUCAGAAACAUGUUUUUUGCCACGUCAGACGGCCUCACGGAUUAGUUUCGUUUAAACUCACGGACCUUGGGAUUUUGAUUUCUUUUCGUUUAAAGGCGAGCAGUUUAACGUGUGGGCUUCAUGCUUUGUAUUUGGGCUUUAUCAGAUUGUCAUUUGGGCUUCCACUGAAUUUUUAAUUGCCCCAUCCGACGCAGAUAACACAAUUAUUCCGUAGCCGUCGAAGAUGGCGAUUCUUCUCACCCGUCCCUCUUCGUCUUCUCCGAUCGAAAGCAACGAGUUUGAUAACUAAGCGAUCCACAAUCAAUACUUUCGUACCAAUCAUUCAAUACCUCCUUAAUGAUUUCGUUUCACCUCCCUCUCUUCCUCCUCCUUUAUAUGCUAUUCUUCUUUUCUUCGUACUAUCUAAAACCCUAGAACCACUCAGAUCUCAAACCAUGGCGAUGAAGCGAAAUGGAAAAUCUCCUGUCUCAUCCGACACUGACGAAAAAUUCAUGUUCUUCAAAGAUGUCUCUCUAGGUCCUCAUGAAACUCAGUUGCGCUUCCGGCUCAUCCAUUUCUGGGAGGCUCGAAAUCCGGUGAAGAAGACAAUUAUCGGCCUGGAAAUGCUCCUCAUCGACGAGCAGGGAACUAUCAUACAGGGAUUCAUCCCACCAGGACGUAUCAAGAAGUACUUGCCUGAUUUGAAACAAGGGUCAGUUUAUAGGCUCAACAACUUCUACGGGUCGAAAAACAAACCUAUGUAUCGGGUGGCUGAUCAUAUAGCAAUCGUGUCUUUCACAUGGAACUCUGAAUUGUCGGUUCUUCACGAGAUUCCAACCUCUUUCGAUGAAGACCGUUUCAGGUUUCAUUCAUAUGAAGAUUUUGAAGCUAACUGUGAUCUCAAAGGUGACCUCUACGAUGUUGUGGGCCACAUGAAGCUGGUCAAUGGACAUACUCUUAUUGAGCAUCCCACACCUGAUGAAGUGAAGAUCGAUACCACUCGGCACAUUAUGGUUCAUGUGCAGUUGCAUGACGGACCUGUCAUGAAGCUCUACCUUUGGGACCAGGCUGCAGCAGACUUCUGCAAGAAGUUUAACUCAUAUGACAACACUCCCACUGUGCUUUUGGUCACAGCUGUUAACACCAAACGUCUCGGAGGUACCCUUGCACUGACCUCUAUGUCUCCCUCACGGGUUUUCAUGGACUAUGAUGUCCAGCCAACCAUAGAUUAUUUCAACUGGCUCGGCUCAAACCCGGAGAUUGCUAAGCAAGUUAGUGCAGACGUCGUCACCAAGCGUGAGACACUGACUAUAGCAGAUAUAUUCACUUACAUGAAGCAAGAAUCUGCAAAGGAUGCCUUUUUUGAGUGCACUGCUACUAUCGAUGAUGUUGUUCAUGGCUCAGCUUGGUACUAUAUUGGAUGCAGUGGAUGCCAUGCUAAGGCUACCAAAGGCGCAACAUCUUUGGUUUGUACAAAUACGAAAUGUGAGAAGAUCAACACAGAUGGUGUCCCUCAGUACCGUGCAAAGAUAUCUGUUUAUGACAACAGUGACCAAGCCGUUUUUGUCCUACUAGGUGAUGCUGGUCGUGUGUUGACCGGAAGGCACGCAUCAGAGUUAGUUAGCAGCUACUUUGAGGCUAAUGGGAGCGAAGGAGCUGACCAUGAGGUGCCUGUCCCGGAAGCUCUAAUCAGCACUAUCGGACAGACACAUAAGUUUUGUGUGAAAGUUACACAGCACAACUUCUCUGGCGAUACCCGAGCCAUAACUGUCACCAAGAUCCUCUCUCUAGACACACCACCACCCACAGAAGCCUCUGUUGGAAGCAACAUUGCUGCCACGUCCAGGGAGACAGUGCAGACUGAGAAUGAAGUUUGUGAGCCUUCCAAAACCCGUGGUGAUUCUGCAGAUGAGGAGAGUAAGAGGACUUUUGACAGUGCUGAUCCACAGAAAGCCAAACGCCCAAGACGUGAUGAUUAAGCUUCGGUUCAUGGAUGUUUAAGUCUUUGCUUUAUAGUUCAAGUACAGACUUGGUUUUUUUUAAGUUUGCUUCAGUUUAAGUACUAUUUUGGUUUAUCUAAAGACAGUGCGUUGUUUGUUUCUUUCCCUUUCAGACUUUGUCUUUUAAUCUUUGAACUACUUUUUUUAUAAUCACUUCUGUCUUUAUAUUUAUGUUUACUGAUUACUUUAAAUCUGCUUGACUAAUCGGGUUGUUUGCUAUG